AUGGCCCAAAAUUCCAUUGACAAGCAAGCACAAUUCGUCCGCGGCGUGACCUUUCUGCUGAAGAUCCCAAGAUCACUGCAUCAGAUCAUCUCCAGCCGUCAACUCUUUUACCUCGUCGUUGUGUUCUUCGGCCUGGUCACCGCUCUGGUCAUCUUGACCACAGACCUGCAUCCCUUCAACCUGUUGUCUCACCUGAAGGUCACUCCAGUCCCAGACCUCUCUCAUCUGGCGCCACUGCCCACGGUCCCACCUGACAAGUCACAUCUGUUUGGGCAAACCCUUUCAAAAAAAGAUGUAUCUAUGAUCACCGAAUUAUUGUUUAAUUUUGAUAGAAUUAUGAAAAAUGCUUCAGUAACAUACUUCCUGUAUAAGGGGUCACUACUUGGCUCUUACAGACAUCACGGUAUCAUCCCCUGGGAUGAUGACCUUGAUAUUUUAGUGUCCAUCACUGACAAGGAAAGGCUAAAACUUGUCUUCAUGAACCAAACUAUCUACAACAUCGAUACUUCGACAAUGAGGUAUAAAGUCUACCACAAGGAAGGCAACCCCAUCAAAAAACACCAUUGGAAAUCACCUUUUCUAGACGUCAGCUUCUACAACGAAACCACCAAAACAAUAUGGGACGUAACUCUACCCUCCCAGCUGCCGUACCCAAAAAGCAUUAUCUUCCCAUUAACAGAGCGCCCUCUACUCGGUGGCCUGUACCCCUCACCCAAGGACCCGCUGAGGGUUCUACAAGCCAACUACAACAUCGACAACUGCUACACCGGGAACUACAACCACACGGGGGAGGUGCGGAGGAACGCUAGCAGCAUCGGCACCGUCCCGUGUUCGGCGCUCAUCGGGACGGUGCCGUUUGUUCAGCACGUCCGGGGGCCGGGAGGGGCGUGGUGCGAGGAGCUCUUGACUUUCAGAGGAAAAAUUCUUAGUAAAUUUGUGAGGGAGGCUAAGGAUAUCCCAUCUUGUUAA